AUGGUUUCAUAUAUGGGGUUUCUUUGGUUAACCCUCUCCUUAAUUCUGUCCCUUAUUUCUGGAUUCAGCCUAAUGUCUUCCUCAUGGUUUAAAACUGGUAAUGUAUCUUUUGGGGUCUUUAUUCAAUGCAGUGGUGUCGUCAGCACUCCGUGUAACCAGACAUGUACUGUAUACCGGACCUUGGAGGAAAUUCCUGACAUUUUCUGGCAGAUUGCUGCAGUAAUGCUUUUCGGUGGUUGGCUUUUGCUGAGUUUUGGGGCAGUGUUGGUUUUAUCAUGGACUAUUAUACCAACAGGGCUCUGCCAGAGAAGAGUAUGCACCCCGGCCAGAUAUGCUCAGACUGCUGCAGUUGUAGUCACAGUAAUGGGUCUGCUGAUCUUCCCAGUCAGUCUCCGCUCUUCGUUUGCUAACCAGACCUGCGGCUCCUCCUAUAUGUACAAGAGCGGCAGCUGCUCACUGGGUUGGGGUUACAUGAUGUCCAUCAUUACAGUGAUGCUCUCUUGUUUCCUCCCUAUUAUUGGAUGUUAUAACUUAAAUGAAGUGAAGACUAAAAUAUUAAAGAAUGAAAUUACACAGAAUCUAAUGGUGUGUGAGGAUCACAUUUUAAAAUAA